GGCAAGCAGGUUGUGCUAUCGACGGAGGAAGAACCGGGCGUCUUGUGUCAGUGGAAGUAUCCGAGCAGCAGGAACUCAGACGCGGCCGGUGGGUGGAGGCAGAGAGUCCGCAGCUACCUCACAGCCUCUUUGACAACCACGAGAGGAAGAAGCCGCCUGCACCGAGCGACGUCCACGGUAAGGAGCUGCCUGUGAACCUCGACGGGUGAGAGGAGCAGACAACAGAGGAAACGACCAGACUGACACACAUCUACAGCGGCGCAGCAACAUGGCGUCCAUAACGUCCAUAGCGGAAUACUACGCCGGCAAGAACGUCAUGAUCACGGGGGCCACGGGCUUCAUGGGGAAAGUGCUGGUGGAGAAGCUGCUGAGGUCGUGCCCCGAGGUCAAAGCCCUCUACAUCCUGGUCAGACCCAAAGCCGGGCAGUCCAUGGAGCAGAGGGUCAGCGACAUGAUAAAGUGCAAACUUUUCGACCGCGUGCGGGAGGACAACCCCGACUUCCACCAGAAAAUCUUCCCCAUCAGCAGCGAGCUGAUGGAGCCGGGCCUCGCCAUCAGCCCGGAGGACGUGGAGAAGCUCAGCGCCUGCAUCCACAUCAUCUUCCACUGCGCCGCCACCAUCCGCUUCGACGAGCCGCUCAAACUCGCCCUGCGACUGAAUGUAAUCGGCACGCAGCAGCUCCUGAGCCUGGCCCACCAGAUGCACCACCUCGAGGCCUUCAUUCACUACUCCACCGCCUAUGCAAACUGCAACCGCAAGCACAUCGAUGAGGUCAUCUACCCGCCGCCCAUCGAACCCCAGAAGCUGAUCGAGUCCCUGGAGUGGAUGGAUGACAGCAUGGUGCGGGACAUCACGCCGGGCCUCAUCGGCGAACGGCCCAACACCUACACCUACACCAAAGCCCUGGCCGAGUACGUGGUGCAGCAGCAGCAGGACAAGCUCAACAUCGGCAUCAUCAGACCCUCCAUAGUGGGAGCCAGCUGGCAGGAGCCGUUCCCUGGUUGGAUCGACAACUUCAACGGGCCGAGCGGAGUCUUCAUAGCUGCCGGAAAGGGAAUCCUGCGCACCAUGAGAGCCAACAACGAUGCGGUGGCUGAUCUGAUCCCCGUGGACGUGGUCAUCAACCUCACUCUGGCUGCCGGCUGGUACACGGCUGUACACAGACCUAAAACAGCUCUGGUGUACAACUGCACGACCGGCGGCAUCAACCCGUUCCACUGGGGAGAGAUCGAGUACCACGUGAUGUCGUCCUUCAAAAGGAACCCUCUGGAGCAGGCCUUCCGCCGGCCCAACGCCAACAUCACCUCCAACUACCUGAUCUACCAGUACUGGAUCCUGGUCAGCCACAAAGUCCCCGCCCUCCUCUACGACUUCUUCCUGCGACUCACCGGAAAGAAGCCGCAGAUGAUGCGCAUCUUUAAUCGUCUGCACAAGGCCAUCGACCUGUUGGAGUAUUUCAGCGCCCAGGACUGGGACUGGAAAUCGGACAACAUGAGCAUGUUGUUGAAACAGCUUACACCAGAUGACAAGAAGACGUUUAACUUUGAUGUGCGUCAGCUGAACUGGCCCGAGUACAUAGAUAACUACUGCAUCGGCACCAAGAAGUACGUCCUGAACGAGGACAUGGCCGACAUUCCUCUUGCCCGGCAGCAUCUGAGGAAACUGAGGAACAUCCGCUACACCUUCAACACUCUGCUCAUCAUCUUCAUCUGGAGGAUCUUCAUCGCCCGCUCGGAGAUGGCCCAAAACAUCUGAAAUCAGCAGGACUCGUUUCGGUGUGGAUUAUGGAGGAUCUCUACGUGCGGGGGCGGCGGUCGAGUGAAGCACUCAGGAUGGAGGAAAGACGUCUACCAGCCGUGAAUUAUGUGUUUCAUUUUGGAAAUCCGUCACCAAACCCCGUCCGGAAAAAAGUGUUCACUCAUUUUCGAACCCUCUUCUUCUCAAAGUGGCCAAUUAUAUAUGCAACAAUAAGCCUUCUGGGUGAUUUCUACUUUCUUCUCCACCACAUGGGCUCCAUCCUCUUGGAUCUCGGUGCCUUUUGCCUUGGGACGAUUUCUUCUCUUUUUUCAUACUUGAAAUAUAGGAGUUCUUCAGUGGAGGACAAUUUCUACGAGGUUACUUUGGGUGUUGGUUUUUUUUACUUUGGGGAAAGCCACUUCCUGUCUUUAUUGAUGCGCAGGUGAUUUGGAUAUCUGCACGUCAUGUAUUAUGUGUAUCUAUAGCCUUUUUAAGAUCAAACACACACACACACACACACACAGACAACCGCAUUACUAGAUACGGAACAUACAGAUCUGCCGUCUUUCUUGCUGAGGUCGUCACUUAAUUUACCGUCACACGAUUCUGUCUCGGAACACUCUUCCACUUUUUGCCUGUUUGUACAGAAGUUUUUACUGAAACUAAGUUAACUACUUUUACAUCUUUAUACUUGCGUCAAAGGCUCGUCUGUUAAGUGGUAGACCUCGGCAGUGUAUUAUAUAUAAAUAAGAGUACAUCAGAGUUGAGUUUAUUUAUAUAGCCCAGUGGGAUAUAUUGUACAGUGUUCCCAACUGUUUCCAACCGAGCGCCGUGAACUUUGACCUUUCAGGAAAUAACUUAAGAACCGAAGUGGUUAAAUAAGGUUCUUGGUUUAUCUUAUUUUAGAGAAGGUGAAAACUGCCACAGUGACUCAACUGUAAUGCUAAUACACCGCUUGAAGAAAAGAAGGGAACACUUAUAUCACCAAGUCAGAUAAACUUGAGCAGAGUAUAUGGAAGCUAUGAAAGCUACAAGCCGGAGCUUUUCCACCUCGGCUUCAUGUGUAAGAAAAGAAGGAUCUUUGUAAAGCAGCUGUUGACUGCGAGGAAACAGGCCGGAGUCUGCAGCAAUUGUUGUUACUGAUUGCAAUAUAUAGACUCUCAUCUGCUUAAAGGGAAAACAUGAUGUAUUUGCAAGUUGAUAUACAAAACAAAAGUAGUGGACCGAGUAUUGAGCCUUGAGGGACGCCCUACCCCAAUUGAUGGAUAGGCUGCUUUUUUUAAGAAAGACAAACUGCGAUCGAUGUCUGGACCUAAAUCACAAGAGUGACAGAUUAUAUACCCCUCCCCCCCCCUGUGAUACAUUCUCGACCCCUGUUUGGAAAAUCUGUACAUAUCUGAACUUGCAUAUUAUUCUUAUAGAUUACCAAAAAAAUUGUAUUUUACUGUAGAAUUCUUGUGCGUGGUGAGUGACUCCACGUGAUUCCACCGCAGAGCUUCCGACAGAGUCUACCAAGAAGUGUUAAAAUGGUGACGGGCGAUUUUUUAACUAAACUGUACAACGUUGUACAGGUUGACUCUUGACUGAGUUCAAAUACAUAAAUUAUGAGCGUUUAUGGGAGAAAAAGGGACAAAACUAAAUAAAGAUUUAUGCAAAAAUGUCUGUGGUUCACCGUCCUUAAUUUCCGAGGACGGUGAACCAAAAUGUCUGCAGCAGCGCCUGUUUGAACUUUGCAGAGCGCCAGGAAACCCGAGGGCAGGAGCUGGUGAACUGUAUGUUAGCAAAACGGCAACACAUAACGUUGUGUUCUUCUUUCUGGUGUCAUUUGCAACAUGUCUGACCGCCUGUGUUCCCGGCUCAGACAUCACGUCAUUCAAGUCUGCUUGGCAAAACUGAAAUAAACAACAAGAUGGAAUUAAGCAA